AUCGACCAGUUGAACACUAGAAGUAUCUUUCUAGAGGAGACCGUUCUGUCGAGCUCAAAGGCUCCUGGCUCAGAGAUCACAGUACAUCUACUUUGCAACUUGCCUGCUUCUACUAAACAUCAUUUCCAGGGUACUGCUUUGUUUGUGGCCGAAGGACUUCUACUCAUGAGGACAAGAAGAAAAUUAGACCGGCGCAAAAUACGGCUGUUCGCAAAAACGGAGCAAAGUACUGUCAUAUUUUUGUAAACAGCUGUAAACGCGAGGUGCACCAUGACCUGGAGCCAUCUGCUCUUGUUCUUUUCUAUUCGGUGUCUUGGACUUGCCAACGGCACAACUACUUUAUGGCUGUCAGAGGCUUUUGAAAAUCCAGCAGUUCUCCAACUUUUCUACAAUGAAAGUAUAACGGAAAUUGAUCAGAAGAUAAAAUGGCAGAGCGGCUCGGAGGAACUGAAGCUAGAUCAGGCCGCAAGGCGGUUGCACUUACCGCCUGGACAUUGGCUAUUAGGAAAUACAAUGCCGAAGUCACAUGCACCGUUUCAAUUUGUGAGAUGGACAGAACAAUACGGACCUGUGUUCUCGCUCAAACAAGGCCAUAGGAUUUUCGUGAUUAUAGGGCGUCAUCAGGCUGCGAUAGAUAUCAUGGAAAAAGAGGGGGCAAAUCUUGCCGACCGCCCGCGUUCUAUUGCAGCGCAAGAGACAUUAUCUGAUGGGUUGAGAGUGGUCCUUGCGGGCAGUCCCCCGCUAUCGGCUGUAGUGGAGCCUAGUCGUGAUCAGCUGCGCACGCCGCAAUAUACUACCAGAAGAGCCAAAAUAUUGAUAUAUCCCCAAUGA